GCAAGGCAGACUGAGCUGCCGGCGGCGUACGCGGGACGAGGCGACGGGCGGCAGCGCUAAGGACCGCGCGCGCACGCAGGCACGCUGCCGCAUCCCCCAGGGCUCAGCUGCUGGCUUCCAGGCCUAGGUGCCCAUGACGCCUAUGCUGACCACUGCCUGGACACCACUGCUGCCCCAAGCUAGCACCACUGCCCGGGCCCCAAUGCCGGUCAUGCCCAUCCCGCGGCGGGUGCGCUCCUUCCACGGCCCGCACACCACCUGCCUGCACGCAGCCUGCGGGCCGGCGCGCACCUCCCGCCUGGCGCGCACGAAGUACAACAACUUCGACGUGUACAUCCGGGCGCGCUGGCUGUAUGGCUUCAUCCGCUUCCUGCUCUACUUCAGCUGCAGCCUCUUCACGGCCACGCUGUGGGGCGCGCUGGCCACGCUCUUCUGCCUGCAGUACCUGGGCGUGCGCGUCCUGCUGCGCUUCCAGCUGAAGCUGUCGGUGCUGCUUCUGCUGCUGGGUCGCCGGCGCGUGGAUUUCCGCCUCCUCAACGAGUUGCUCAUCUACGGCAUCCGAGUGACUGUGCUGCUCGUGGGGGGCCUGGGCUGGUGCUUCAUGGUCUUCGUGGACAUGUGA